UCUGCUCUCUCUUGGCUGCAUCUGGGGCCAAAGUUCCCAGCGGGAGACCAAGUCAGCAAAUUGCCUUCUCCAGUGUCCUGGAAGAACCCGAAUGUUUAAGGCCCAUAUUCAGCUGAAAUAGGAUCGAACGCCUUUUGCAUUUCUUGGGUUCAAAAGCAAGGCUGCAGGCAAUAGCAGGAUGCUAUGGCUAAGAGGAUGGGUCCCCCAGGUGCUGAGAAAUGCCCGGGGAUUCUGUGGGCCUCAUGGGCAGCAGCCACCUCUACCUGACCCUCAGAAGAUUGUGGCCACCUGGGAAGCCAUCAGCCUGGGGAGGCAGCCAGUGCCUGAGUACUUCAACUUUGCCCAUGAUGUGCUGGACAUGUGGAGUCAGCUGGAAAAGGCUGGGCACCGGCCCCAGAUCCCUGCAUUCUGGUGGGUCAAUGGCAAGGGAGCAGAGGUCAAGUGGAACUUUGAGGAGCUAGGGGAGCAGUCCAGGAAGGCGGCUAAUGUGCUCCAGGGUAUGUGCGGCCUUCAGCUUGGGGACAGGAUGAUGCUGGUGCUCCCGCGACUCCCAGAGUGGUGGCUGGUCAGCGUGGCAUGCAUACGGACAGGGGCUGUCAUGAUCCCGGGUGUCUCUCAGCUGACAGAGAAGGACCUCAAAUAUCGGCUGCAGGCAUCCAGGGCCAAAUCCAUUAUCACCACUGACUCCCUGGCUCCGCGGGUGGAUGCCAUUAAUGCUGACUGUCCCUUCCUCCAGUCCAAACUACUGGUGUCAGACAGCAGUCGGCCAGGCUGGAUGAACUUCAGGAAACUCCUCCGCGAGGCAUCCACAGAGCACAACUGUGUGAGGACCAAGAGUCAAGACCCUCUGGCCAUCUACUUCACAAGUGGCACCACCGGAGCGCCCAAGAUGGUUGAGCACGCCCAGUCCAGCUACGGGCUGGGUUUUGUGGCCAGUGGAAGGCGGUGGAUGGACUUGACCAAAUCAGACAUCUUCUGGAACACGUCUGACACUGGCUGGGUUAAGGCAGCUUGGACCCUCUUCUCUGCCUGGCCUAAUGGAUCUUGCAUUUUUGUGCAUGAGCUGCCCCGAGUUGAUGCCAAGAUUAUUCUGAAUACUCUCUCCAGGUACCCGAUCACCACCCUCUGCUGUGUUCCCACCAUCUUCCGGCUGCUGGUACAGGAGGAUCUCACCAGGUACCAGUUUCAGAGCCUGAGGCACUGUUUGACUGGAGGAGAGGCACUGAAUCCUGACGUGAGAGAGAAGUGGAAGAGCCAUGUGGGCCUGGAGCUGCAUGAAGGCUAUGGCCAGUCUGAAACAGUUUUAAUCUGUGCCAAUCCAAAAGGCAUGAAAAUCAAGUCUGGAUCCAUGGGGAAAGCGUCCCCCCCUUACGAUGUGCAGAUCGUGGAUGAUGAGGGCAACAUCCUACCUCCAGGACAAGAGGGGAAUAUUGCUGUCCGAGUCAGGCCCACCCGGCCCUUCUGUUUCUUCAGUUGCUAUUUGAACAAUCCUGAGAAGACAGAGGCAUCAGAACGAGGGGACUUCUACAUCACGGGGGACCGAGCCCACAAGGACAAGGAUGGCUACUUUUGGUUCACGGGAAGAAAUGACGAUGUGAUUAAUUCCUCAAGCUACCGGAUUGGGCCCGUUGAAGUGGAAAAUGCCCUUGCUGAGCACCCUGCUGUUCUGGAGGCUGCGGUGGUCAGCAGUCCGGACCCCAUCAGAGGGGAGGUGGUGAAGGCCUUUAUUGUCCUUUCUCCAUCUUAUUCCUCUCAAGAUCCUAAGAAACUAACUCAGGAGCUCCAGGAGCAUGUGAAAAGGGUGACUGCUCCAUACAAGUAUCCCAGGAAGGUGGCCUUUGUUUCAGAACUGCCCAAGACGGUUUCUGGAAAGAUCCAAAGGAAUAAACUGAGAAACCAAGAGUGGGGGGAGAUGAGAGGCAACCCCCGAAAGGCCCCAUAGGCCUCUGAAGCUUCUAAGAGGAAAUGAUGGGAUCACUGCUUUCUCCCUAAGUAUGUAUAACUAUUAUAAUGAAAAAAGUAUCUUAAAGAAAUGAUUCCCCCAAACCACACUCUGCCUCCAACAAUCAUCUGCUGAAGACUAGUGUGUUAUGUUGUGCCCACCACAAAAGAUGCAAGGACCCAAAACCACAUCUCAGGCCCAGAAACGGAAAGAAGUGGCUCUGGGCCUCUGACACCAGCCACGCAGAGAUGAAGCAGAUGGAAACUCAAUGUGAUCUUCAGUGCUGCUUAGCCAACCUGCGGGACCUCCAUUCAGCCACCAAUCAAUAUUUAUUGAGCACCUACUCAGUGCUGGGCUCUGGAAAUAUAACAAUAAACAAAAGUCAACCCA